UAGCACGCCUUGAUCACACACACAUAGGGGAAAUGCUCUUUUGAUUUCACAAUCACUCUUUUUGGGUGCGAGUAGCUAUAAAUGCCACAGGCAAAGUGAGCUGAGACAAAUUCUGAGGAGCAACCACCAGCUUUCUUAAGAACAGGAGGGCUGUGCUGAAUCUGUACUCAUCAUGGGCCGAGCAUUCAUUUUGGCGUGUAAGUUUGGCUUCAAUAGCAUGUGUAUGUUGGAUGUUGUUGUUUUGCUAGAUUUCACUCAUUAAGAUAUGCUACUGUGCAAUGUGCUCUUAUUAGGAAUGGAGGAGAACUUUGAUCCAGUUCAUACUGAAAAAGUAAGCAUAUGUAAUUUGCACUUCUCAAAACAAUAGGUCAGGCAUAGGCAAACUCGGCCCUCCAGAUGUUUUGGGACUAUAACUCCCAUCAUCCCUAGCUAACAGGACCAGUGGUCAGGGAUGAUGGGAGUUGUAGUCCCAAAACAUCUGGAGGGCCGAGUUUGCCUAUGCCUGCAAUAGGUGUACCAAAACUCAGGCAUCCUUCAAAAUGUGCACCUAUCUGAAUUUUGCAAUGCAGUUCUCCAGUAAAGUAGGUUGUACAAAGCAUGCAAAUUUUGGGGUAAAGUGUGCACAUAAAUGCAUAUAUUUGUGAAAAUAAUUUUUAAAAUGCAUUAUCCUUGGGGAAAUUGCUUUGCAAGAGUUUGUAUAUUUGGAGAAAUUUGUACUAAAAUGCUGUUGAGUUUUCAUAAGGACUUAAAAUCACAAAAAGAUUUUGAUUGAAUCUAAAAAGAUUAAAUUACAGGUCCUAAGUUUGCCUGUGCUGACUGAUUUGGGCUUCAAGAUUAGACCCCAUUAUUUGAAUUAUAUUCUAAGGUAGUAUUCCACAGCCGUAGACAACUUUCUGAUGGUGUGGCAGAAGUUUUGUAUUGAGUGAAUUCUGAAAGAAAAGCAGAUGGGGGAAUGAGAGAGAGAGGAUCUGAAUUACUUUAAGAAUAAACCACCAGUAGAUUGUGUCAAAAAGGGGACUUUGGCUAAUGGUGCAAAGGGUUAAGACACACACUGGUUGAAAUUUCUCCUUCCUCCCAACUAUUAAAGCUUGAGACCAGAAGCAGUGCCUUCUUUUGCUUCUAGUCAUAUGAGAAAAGGCAAAGACACCCUAACACUUCAUUUUCUGUUUGGGAAAAUAUACCAUCCAUCACAUUCUAACCUUUAUCUGAAUGACCUCAAAAACCUUCAUAACAUUCACCAUCAUUUUAGCUGUUGGUUAUUGGGUUAGCAGGAUGGAUGAGAAACUCUUUCAAUAGCACAGGAAAUUAAAUGUUAUUGAAGAGGGGCAAGCUUGAGAUUUAUGGGUUACAGAACAUGUAGUCAAAAUGAUAUCAUUUGUCUUUCAUUUUGUAUAUUCUAUUGAGGGAUUAAAUACCAUUGGUACAGUAUUUUAUAAUACAUGGCUGGACCUAUUGUAGAGGAACACAUUAUGAUGUUCAGGCAUGUGGUUAUUUGAUAUUGGUGUUUUAAUCAUUAGGACAAUUCAAUUUGGUGUUUUAGUCUAUAAACCAUAUUGAAUUCAUGUACGGAAAAUGCUAUUAGUGCUAAUAAUAAUGCUAUUAACAAUUAUCAUAACAGAAUCAACUUACUGGAAGGUUCCAAAGUAUCCAGCUACCUGUCUAAUAUCUUCCAUUUUCAUUUUUCUCUAGGUUUUGCCAUCUUGCUGGUUUUUCACUGCAGUAAGUAAGCCUUCCCAGAGUUGUUACUCGCUUAGAACAAGCCAAGUGAAAAGUGUUGGGCUUCGUUAAGACAUUUCCUGCUUUAGAAUAAGCUACCGCAUGCUGUGCAUGAUGGAGCCAGUUAGACAGAGCCAGGUGUCAGCACCUAGCACAAACACCUGGCAUUGCUCACCUGGGCAUGAUAGGUUGAACAUACAUAUCAUGCCAAUCCUGGCCCAACAGCAUUGGCUACCAAAUAGUUUCCAGGCCCAAUUUAAAGUGCUGGUUUUGACCUGUAAAGCCUUAAACAGCUCAGGGCCGCAAUGCCUUAAAGACUCCUUCUCUCCACAAUUAUCAUCUGAGACCCUUCUUUGUGUGUCCCUUCCGUCAGAAGACUGGAGGGUGGCAACAUGAGAAUGAGCCUUUUCCAAAGUGGCUCCCCCCUGGAAUGGGCCUUUUCUGUAGUGGCUCCCUCUGCAGUGACUCACCUGGUGUCUUUGUCACAUAUCUUUAGGCACCAGGCAAAACAUUCCUCUUCUCCCAGGCCUUGGGCUAAUUAAACAAUCUCUGGCUUUUUAAAGGGGUGCAUUGUUUGCUACUAUGGUGUGGAUUUUUGUGUUUUUAUAUUGUAAACUGCCUUGUGAUACUUGGCAGUAAAGAAAUUUAUUUAUUUAUUUAAUAAUAGGUUCAGUUUCAAACUUUGUCUCUCCCAUAUAUGAAAGGCAUAUCUAAAUUCUAAAACUAUAAACAACUUGUUUAUCUAUUUCCUCUCCACUUCUCUACAAAUAUGGGUGGGCAAAUAUAGUAAUGGAAAAAAUCCAGCCAUAUUAUUGAUAUGAUGAGAACAAGGCUGUAACCUUAAGGUGUUAUGUCGCCACACUGGACCUCUAUCAUCAGUAAGGCCAGGAUGGGUGGAUGUUUCUGUGGAAGCAAGUAGGGCAGAUCUGACCUUGGAACUCCCUCACCAAGAGUGGGGUUCAUUCUCAAACGAGAGAGAGAGAGAGAGAGAGAGAGAGAGAGAGAGAGAGAGAGAGAUUGGGGUGGGGGAGAUAGUUUGCAUCAGUACAAUCUCUCAGGAGCUGUAGGAAUGCACAGUUAACAGAAUAUUACCUCAAGGUAAGUUAUUUUGUCAACAAUUCCAGAUUUUUACACGCACUUUCAUCUUUGCAGGCUCUGCUUUCAAACUGGUUUGCUAUUUCACCAACUGGGCUCAGUACAGACAAGGUGAAGGGAAAUUCCUCCCUCAGAACAUUGAUCCUAAUCUGUGCACUCACCUCAUUUAUGCAUUUGCGGGAAUGUCAGAGAACAAGAUCAAAACACUGGAAUGGAACGAUGAAACACUCUACAGGGAUUUCCAGAAUCUCAAACAAAAGUACGGAGAGGGCUGGGGAGGAAGGAUGACUUUUUCUGAAUUUCCUAGAACUAGGAUCUAAACUUGUAUGAGUGCUCCCAUUUUCUGAUAACAGGGAAUUCUGGGCUUCAGAAUUGUAUAGAGUUUGGUUAAUGAGAUUUGAAGGUGGAAAAUUGGUCAAGCCAACACCUUUAUAUAAUGCUGUGUCAUUCACUGUUUCUUAGGAAGAAGCUUCACUUCCCCAUGGAGGUAAAAGGGGGUGAGACCUAGCUGAGUCUAAGAAUCUAACUCUGUGAUCUUAACCCCUUCAUGUACUAACUAUCCCUAUGCUUGCUAGUAAGGUUUAAAAGCAAUUUCCUAUGCUCCAUACCCUCAAACCCAAGUUGGGACUUCGAAAGAAAACUACAUACAGUAUGCAUGAUCUGUUUGUGUACACUGUUUUCCAUGCAGCUGGGAAAUAUAUGCAGAAAAGCUAGCUUCCAUGAGCAGCACAAAUGAACUUCACCGGGAAUGAUCAGAGAUAUUUGUAAACUCAGCUGUGCAAGACAAAAAAACCCUGAACUCUGUUCCUCUCUUCUCCUCCUAUCUAGGAAUCCAAGACUGAAGACACUUUUAGCUAUUGGUGGAUGGACAUUUGGAAGUCAAAAGUAAGACUUGGGCAUGGGGUUUCUAAAAGAGAAACUUCAUCAUGAGUAGGCAAUAUGUAAUAAAGAUGGGUGUUUGCUUCAGUCAAAUCCUGAAUGCAGAACUGAAAUACUGUAGCUGCUUCAGAGAGAUUUGGGAGAAGUCCACAGUGAAGUGAGGUCCCUAUGAAGUGAUUCAAAUUGCACCAGGCAUUUCCAAAUUCCCAAAUCAAGGUCCAGACCAAAUAUUGUGUUCUGUGCCGCUCUGUAGCAUAUCCCAUUCCCUCCCCCUUCUCAAUAAUAAUAUGCAUCAUGAAAGUUUCCUGUUGGAAUCCUAGAACCCCAUCUUUCUAUUUCAUUCAUUCAUUUUUGCAUUGCAUUGCAUUGACUAGAUGCCCAAUAAUGUGUAUGUUCUGGCGAGUGUGUAAGGAAUUCCAAAAUAAAUAAAAAUGACAGAUAACUAAAAUGCAAAUGAUAACAGCGCUAAAAGGAAGCUUAAAAAAAAUAUCAAAGUUUGUAGCAACGAUGCAUGUUUUCAGUUUCAUUUGUUUUCAUAAAGCAAACGAAGGUUAAAGUAUCAGAUUUAAAAGGAAGCAUAAGGUGUGAAGUUCAUUAGGUGAACGUUUAUUAGUAGGUUGUUUCUUUAGUAGCCACCCAUCAUAUUCUGGAUGGUGGAAGCACUUAGAGAAGUGUCUUCAUAAAUGAUCUCUGAGCAUUUGCAGGUACAUACAGGGAAUGGUAGUCAUACCAAUACUGUAGCAUCAAACUGUGGUGGGGUUUUAAAGGUCAAAAUCAACACUUUGUGAUUUGGGCUGGAAGAUGAUGUAUUACCAUAAUACGCUCAGAGGCAGAGUCCCAGCCAGUACUUGCAGCAAUUUUCCAUCCUGCUCUCAGUUUCUAGACUGUAUUUUAAAAGAGCCCCAUUUCCAACGUGUUACACAGAUACAGUAGCCAACAUGGUGCCCUCCAUCUAUUAUUGAACUACAACUUCCAUUAGUCCCAGCCAGUGUGGUCAGUUAUCAAAGAUGAUGGGAGUUGUACUCCAGCAAUAUCUGGACGAAGCACAUUGGCUUCCUCUGAAUUACAGUAAUUUGAAUAAGGCCUGAAUAACAGAAACCAAAAAUUCUACUCCAUCCAUGUAGGCUCAUAGUUGGCACACCAGCCUAAGCUGCUAUUUAAAGUUAAGUUGCCAAUUUUCAUGAAGGUAUUUUUUUUUUAAUUGGGUGGCAAUGUUAAGAUGCUUUUGGGAAAAAACCUGGAAGAAAGUAAACAUGCCUCAUUCCACCACCACCCCCUCUGUACUGAGGCAAAUAGCUUCAGAAUAAUUUAAAGGUCACAUGGCCAUGAAAUUGAAAUACUGAGAACUAUCCAUAUUAGUGCCAAUCUUCCAUCUCAUGUUAACCACAGUGCUGAAAAUGCCCACUGAAGCCAGUCCUUCAGAUUCAUCUAACAAAGGCAUUACAGUUGGAACAUUAACUCUGAGAAGCAUAUGUUCUCAGAAUAAUCACACACUGUGGUUUACCUCAUUUCUCCCUACUCCCAAGUCCAUUCUUUGGAGACAAAUCAGGUCAGGGGCAUGUGUUAUGGAAGCAAAGCAAAAACAGAUUGAACAAUGAAGUUUCUCCCAUGGCUUGAUGGAAUAAAAGGAAAGUCUGUUCCUGUGUUACGUAUUCUAUGGGGACACUGCCUGAUUUGCCCCAAGGCUCCAGUUGUAGACCUGUACUUCAUAAGAUGGCAUUGUUGGUUGGCAGCAGAAAUACUGUAAGCACCAGUUAUGCUUUUCCAAAAUUAACAACUACCAAUACACCAGAGUGUGUGUGCUUAUGCAGCCAGUAUGGUAGCCUUCACCAUUCUGGUGCCUUCUGACUGUUUUGGACCACAUCUUCCAUGGCACUGGACUAUCGCAGCCAUGAACUGUAAGAAAUAAAUAGGCAAAGACUACAAUUUGGUCUUAAUGACUUGAUUCUCUACCUAUCAUGGGUGCUGUAAAAUUAGACAUAUAUAUUUUUUGCAUUGGCAGGGGACUGUUAGGGGUGGAAUCGAGACCUCCAGCAUGUACUGCUGAUCAUUUAAUGCCACACAAGCAUCUUUGUGGCUUUGGGAGUGAUGAGAGGUGCUACAAGAGCCAAGCAUGAGCCCAGGUGAUGGGUGAUGUAAGCUCCAGUCGUGGAGGGGGGAUGUCCAGAUCUGUUGGCUCCUCAGGGUCACUGGUAGUACAGAGAUCUGCUGUGGGCCCUGCUCUUCCUAAUUUGCUUCUGAGGAGACUCUACGUUUGAGGUCUGAGCAGGACUGAACCAGGACACCAGAACAUGGUGACCUUGCAGUGAAGCAAAACAGCAGCAUGUUGGAAAACUAAAAUCAAACAGUAAAAGCUUGUGGGUGGACAAAGUCUUCUUCAGCAACCAUCUGAAAACUAAAAGACAAGGGUCCAGUGGAUAACCAAAGGGAAGAUAUUUUGUAUUUUUAGCACCAUCACUGUCUCGGGUGCCAAACAAAACAGCCAUGAUGUGUAUCUUUUUGACUUGAAUUGCUUCCCUUCUAGGUUCUCUGCUAUGGUAGCUACUCCUGACACACGUCAGACAUUUAUUAAUUCUGUGAUACAAUUCGUGCGAAAUUAUGGUUUUGAUGGCCUGGACCUAGAUUGGGAAUAUCCUGGAGCCAGAGGCAGUCCUGCAGCUGAUAAAAUGCGUUUCACUUCCUUGGUUCAGGUACAGUAAAACUCAGCAAAUCACCAUCAACCAAUUCUACUGUCUGGCUGCAGAUUCCAGGGGCAACUUCUGUGCACAGCAGGCAAUGAAUUUAAUAGGAAUAUCAGGGAGUGCUGCAAAGAGACAAUAUGAAUUAUUGUUUUCUCAGUGAACGCAUGGAAUCAAGUUACAAGAUUCAGACUUGUGUCAAAUCCCAGGCUGGGCCAAGGUGUUGUCCAGAGACCAACCCCUAGAUUUGCCUUUGUCUCGGUUAUGAAAGGGAAAUUGACCAACCAGUCAAGAUAUCAGAACUGUGUAUACAAAUAGAGCCCUAGACCAGCAAAACUAAAUUAUGUGAAAUGUGAAAGCUUGUGUAAAUCACCAGACACAUCUGGAGUGGUUUUUGAGACAAUAUGGAACAAGGGGCUUAAAGAUAGGUUCUUGUGCCUCAAGUAGUGAGCUAAUAGGUUGAACCUAUAACAUAUAGGUAAGAUAAUGUAUAAAUAUUCCAUAAGCUAGCCCUACAGUAUGGUCUGAAGGUACACGAAGCCACCACCUUGUUGCAACUAAACAGGUUUGGAUCUGGUCAUCUGCCUGAAUGGGUAGCCACCUGGGAACUACAUGUACUUUGCCUUGGGUUCCAGAACAGAAGAAAGGUAUGGGAUGUAAAUGUAAUCAAAGCAUAUGGAAUUUUCAAUUAGUUCUGAGGGAAAGUGAUUGAAUCAGUAGGUCUCUACCUACACUUCCGCUCUUUACUGGGAAACCUCUUCUGCUUUGAUUCAAUUUAGAUUUCCCUUUUUAUUGAUUGAUUUUAAUUUGAUUUAUUGUAUUUCUAUGACGCUUUUCAUUCAAAUGAAUCCCAAAGCGGCUUACAAACAAUAAAUUACAACAUGAUAAACCAUAAUAGAACAUCACAAAUAUAGUAUAAAUCGUAUAAAACAAUUAACAAAUCGUCAAUGAAACAAUUACAAUCUAUAAAACAACAGCUGAAAAAUAAACCGAACAUCACAAUUGCAACAAAAGUCAUAUUGUAUGAUUAACAAAUCAAUACGGCAUUUAUAAUCUAUAAAACAAUAUUAACAACUUAACAAAAUAGCAGCUGGGGAAAAAAGCUAAGCACUGUUAAGUUCAUGCCCACUCUCAUAACUCACAAUCUUUCACUCUAUUUGGUUCAUUAAAAUAAACAUAAAAUACAGUACACAUAAUAUACAUCAGCUCAACAAAAUGCUAUACUAGCUGGGGUCCUCAUGUAGUGGGUGAUGGAGGAGACAGUGGGGCUCUCAGGCCUACUGCCAGUGGCAAGGUAGAUAUUGACUCCAGGUAGCCUGCCCAGGUGCCGUUGAUGAGGAACUCACCCACACCGUUCUCAGUAAUAAGGAAAUGUGAGAGGAGCCUGUCCCUGUUCCAGCUUCUUCAGCUGCAUCUUGGCCAACCUGAUGUCAGGGAAGGAGGAGGCUGCUGAGGGGAAUGAGGGGGGUGGCUGGUUGAGUCCAUCAGGCAGGAGGGAGAGGCCAUGAUUAACAUGCUGAGAGCACCUCAGCAGGAUCCUGGAGGCCUGGAUGAGCUCGCAUCCAAUGACUCAGAGCUGUGUAUCUGUCUUGGUGUCCAUGCAAGGCAUGAAGCAGAGUCAUCGGCCAGCAUGGGUGAAGCAGGAGAUGUGGGGGUGGGCCAAGAAGCUAGAGAGUGUGGAAAUGGGGAUGUUUCCAUCUCUUCCACAUCCUUGAUCUUUAAGAGAAGGACAAAAGCAAAUUUAAUUAUUGUUCUACUCAACUAUUUGCCUUAGGAAAUGGUGAAAGAAUUCCAGGCAGAAGCACAACGGACAGGAAAGGAAAGGCUGCUGCUGUCUGCUGCUGUGGCAGCUGGGAAGGAAACCAUUGACAAUGGCUAUGAAGUGGACAAGAUUUCCCAGUGAGUAUGAUGAGGCACUUAUGAACCAUGAAGGGAAAUUAAUGGUGGCAACUCACAGGCAGCUUGCAUUUGAUACUUGAGAACCAGUUUAGUCCAAUAAUUUCAAAUCAUGGUUGACAAAUCAUGCCAGUGGGCACAUAAUUGCCCGCAAUGCAUCCACUCAGGAUUCUUAUGCUAGAGAUGGAAUAAACAUAUUCGAAUUCCCCUUGCAGGUCUCUGGACUUCAUCAACCUGAUGACAUAUGACUUUCAUGGAUCUUGGGAACGCGUUACAGGACAUGUCAGCCCUCUGUACCCUGACACCGUAAGUGUUAAAUAUUUCCUAGCAAAUUGUAGCCUCUCAUUUUAAUUGAAAGUAAAGAAAAUGUCCAAAGGUACAAAGCAAACCCACUAUUUCUUGGUCCUCUAGAUCAGCCUUUACCAAGCUCCUCAUCCUGUGAAAGGUUUCCAAUAUGGAACUGGGAUAAAGUUCUUGGCUGAAAUAAUGUACAAAAACAGAUCAAAUACGUAUUGAGAUACAGUAUAUGAAAUACAUUGAGAUACAAUAUAUAUUGUGAUAUAAUGCAUGCUUAAAUGCCAUUGUUAUGGCUUUGUAUUGUUUUAAAAAUAUUCAUCAUUGAAUAAUGUGGAAAUGGGGUUGACUAAACUAAUGAAUGGAUAUAUGAGAAUUUGAUACAGACUGGGAAAAGACUCAUGUCUCCAUCCAUAGUCUAUUGAGUCAUGGCUGCUGGGAAACUACAGGUCUGUGGAGCAACCAGAGAUCUGAACAGUAAAACUGGGCAACAUGCAUUGAUAUCAUGCUUUCUAUCUCAUUGCCUCAUCAAGGACAAUGCUGUGAAGUACUGGAUGGGCAAAGGAGCACCAGCUGAAAAGCUUGUCCUGGGAGUUCCUCUCUAUGGACGAACCUUUACCCUUUCUUCCACACAAAAUGGGGUUAAUGCGCCAGCCUCAGGACCAGGGACAGCUGGCACUUUCACCAAAGAGGCUGGAUUCUUGUCUUAUUAUGAGGUAGGAAAGAUGCUUAAAUAUAUAUAUUGUUAGGCUUGCCCCACUUCUCUAAGUGGUGAGACGUUCCAGGAGUAGAGUGCUUGCGAAAGUUUGUGUUUUGCAAUACUGGGUUGUUGUGGGAGGUUUGUUUUAUGUUUUACAAAUACAGGUUGUGUAUAGGUGGAGGCACUUAAAUACUGCAGAAGAAAGCUGCCACAUCAGAUCUCCAGAGAGAGGGCAUCCCUGAUACCGCUAACUUCCAGAGCCCCCAAAACUCACCUCUAUUUCGCUCUGCAAAAAUGGCAACCCCUUUCUUCUUGCAGACCUACGUUAUGUCAUCCUCAGCUGAAGGAGCAACACAUGCCCCUUCCCCAGUGUGGGCCUAUAUAUAAAAAAAAACCUAGCUGUCCAACAUUUUGUUGUCAUGGGGACACAUCUAGUGCUGUACUGAAAAAUCCCAUUCCUAAUAUUUUUGCAGGGCCAUUUGCAGUGACUUUAUUUCCAGUUACUUUCUUGUGGGUGAAAUCAGUUAAUUGCCAUGUCUCCCUCUGCACUGUUGGGCUGGGCACUGGGAUGGCAGAAUCCAGAGGAAAGUGAGGAGAAAUAUAGGGGGGGUGAGGCUGGAACAGAUGGAAGCCCUUCCAUUCCCACCACAUGGUCCCCUCUGGUUCCAGUGUGGCUCCAGACUUCCAGCUUCCUCCCCUCCUGAGCAAGUCUUAAUAAAAAUUCAUUUUCUUAUCUAGAAUUAGGAGCAUCUGCUACUGUGUUUUGAUCAUGGCAAACCCGCUGCCUUUACUUCCCCCCACCCCAAUUAACUAAUUUCCUCAAAUUUAUGGACACAUACUUCCCUUUUCUGUUCUGCUUUUCAUGCCACACACAUCCUCAGAUUUGUUGAGAAAGUUGUGGGCAAACUUCAGGACAGGGCUGAGAACACACAAUCCAAGAAGGUUCAAAGUGGGGUUAUUGGGUUGUUGUUUCUGUUUUUAUUAGGUAUUUAGUGGUUUUAUAUCUUGAUUUCAUUCUGUGAACUGCACUGAGACCCCCCGGUUAUAGGGCGGUAUACAGUGGUACCUUGGUUUGCAACCGCUUUGGAUUGCAACCGUUUUGGAUUACAACCAUGUCAAACCUGGAAGUGUGUGUCCCUUUUUUUGGAUUUAAACCAAUGGGGGGGGGAGGCCCCAUUGGCAAAAGUGCGCCUUGGGUUACAACCUGUUUUGGUUUACAACUGGACCUUCGGAACGGAUUAUGGUUGUAAACCAAUGUACCACUGUAUAAAUUCCAUAAAUAACAAUAACAAUAAUCAUAAUCAUAAUCUGCACUAUACAUUUAAAGCAUCAUGCCUCUUUAAACAAUUGUGGCUUCCUCCCUGCCAAAGAAUGAUGGGAAAUGCAGUUAUUAAGGGGACUGAGAGUUGUUAGAAAACUCUUAUUCCCCUCACAGAGCCACAGUUCUCAGAGUGGUUUAACAGUUAAUUUCUUUUCCCAGGGGCUCUGGGAAUUCUAGCUCUGUGAGGGGAAUAGGGGUCUUCUAACAACACUUGGCAGCACUAACACUGUACUGUGGCUGGUGGAGACUCUUCAAGGUCCCCAGCAGAAGUCUUUCCCAACACCUGUCAUGUGCAUGUGGCCUACCACUGAGCUAUGGUCCCUCCUCAGGUCAGCAAUCAUUCUCUGUCGUAUAAUAUAUUUCCAAAACUUCCUGGAGUAGCGUUAAAACCCCUAUUUUGCUUUACUUAUUUUAAGGGUAAGGCACCUGAUACAGACAGCUUUAAGAACAUAAGAGAAGCCUGCUGCAUCAGGCCAAUGGCUCAUCUAGUCCAGCAUCUUGUUUUCAUAGUGGCCACCAAGAUGCCUCUUUGAGACCUGCAAGCUGAGCACGAGCACAACAGCACUCUGGCCACCUGCAACUUCCAGCACCUACCUAUUAUUCAGAGGCACAAUGCCUCUGACUGUGGAGGUGCAAGAUAGCCAUUGUGGCUAGUAGCCAUUGGUAGACUUGUCCUCUAUGAAUUUGUCUCUCUGAAAGCCAUCCAAUUUGGUGGCCAUCACUGGUUGGUGAGGGAUCACGUUCCAUAGUUUUACUAUGUGCUUUGCAAAGAAGUGCUUUCUUUAAUCUGUCCUAAAUCUUUCACCAUUCAGCUUCAUUGAAUCUCCAUGAAUUCUACUGCAUGAGAAAGGAAGAGGAACUUUUCUGUAUCCACUUUCUCUGUGCCAUGCAUAAUUUUAUAAACUUCUAUCAUGUCAUCUUUUCUCUGAACUAGAUGCCCCCAAAUGCUGAAACCAUUCCUCGUAAGAAGAAGCUUGCUCUAUCUCCUAGGUCAUUUUAACUGCCCUUCUUGCAAUUGCAACAGGCUCUGAUUUCUACACCUCUGUAAUGGGGAAGUUGUCUGACCUCAAGUGUCUCAAUUCAACCAUGUGGUAACACAGCCAUGCUCCAAUCUAUUUUGUUUCAGAUCUGCAACUUUAAUAAAGGUGCCACCACAGCAGUGAUUCCAGGGGAGAAUGCUCCCUAUUCCUUUAAGGGAAAUCAGUGGGUAGGAUACGACAAUGUGGACAGCAUUAAAACUAAGGUAACAAUUAUACAUAUAUUUGCUUUUAUCUGUACAAAACAUUUAGUGGAGAUCAGUCAAUGUUAUGCUUCAAAAUCAUCACCUAGUAAACAUGCUAGCAAGCUACAUAAUUACUAGAUAAUAAAGAUACUAGGUUGUUUAAGGACCACUUUGCUAUGUAGAAUGCAAUUUCCAAUAGGAAUUAAGGUGUCAGGGGCUGGACUGAGGAGGAAUGGUGGGAGUUUCCCCCCACUUUUCCUGAGGGCAGGACAGUAUUGAUUUAGAACAGUGGUUUGCAGAGGGGCAUAGUCCAGAGGGGGAAAGCUGGGAAAUACUGGGUGAGGAUCAACUAGAAGAGGAAACACCAAGAGAGAGACAGCUGGCAGAUUCAGUGUCAUUGGACAGCAUUCCUGACCCACUUGUUCCCCCCCCUUUGCCUAAAACUAGAAGGGCUUUGAGAGUGGUAAAACAGAAAGCACAGCGGCAACAAACUCAGAUUACCCAACAUAGGAGUGACGUAGAUUAAUGGGGACAGAGGGGCUGAACCUUUACUGGGAGCAUCGCCAUUUCUAGAGAGAUAUGCAUUACUUUGUCUUUCACUGUGAUUAUUAAAGAAACUAACUGGUAAGAACUCUCCUUUCAUUUGAUCUGUUUAUUACUGCCACCAGGGGAGAGAUCUGAUUCCCCGAAGUCUGACAUAAGCUGAGGUUUUCACUGCCUAUAGUGAUUAGGAUGUUGGACCUGGGAGACCAUGGUUCUAAUUCCCACUCAGUGAUAAGCCUUACUGGGUGACCCUGGGCCAGUCACCAUCUCUCAGCCCAACCUUCCUCACAGUGCUGUUGUGAACAUAAAAUGUGGGAGAGGUAGAACCAUGUACACCACUUUGAGUUUCUUGGAGGAAAGGUGGGAUAUAAAUGUAAUCAAUCAAUAAAAACACAUGCAGUGGGUAGCUAUGGUUCACCAUGCUUUUCCAAGGACAAAAUGCUUAAUGUUGAACAAUAGCAGCCAGUGAUAGGGUGAUGUUGCAGAGCUGCUCUCCCAAUACUGACAUCACUGCCGCUUACAUGGGUAGGGUGGGGCAAGGCACUGGGCUGCAUGGAUGUCCCGAUGGAAGUGCUGGAUUGGCUCUAGCCAUAAGCUGCAGUGAUGCUAGUGUCUGGAGGUCAGCUCUGUCCCACCACUCCAGCAACUGCUCAUAUUGAAAUUGUCAGUUGUCAUGAUGAUUUACUUUUGUCUUGGACUUUACUGUUAAAGGCAGCAUACUUACAGACCUCUGAAUAUUCUAAUUUCCUUCUUAAAUAGGAGCCAUAUUCAUUGCCCUAGAACGGUUCUCACCAUUAUUAUUACUCCCAUAAGCCUUUGAAUUCCUGUUUUCUGUUUCUCUCAGGUCAACUAUCUGAAGCAAAAGAAGCUGGGAGGUGCCAUGGUAUGGGCCAUGGAUCUGGAUGACUUCAGUGGUUCUUUCUGUGGCCAAGGAGCAUACCCACUCCUCCAGACUCUGAAGAGAGAACUUGGCUCCACAGGUUAAUCCUUUGUUAUUAUAUUUGUUUUUCUUGAAAUCCUCAGUCACAAGGCCUGUAGGGAACUAAAUAUUUACCCAACACUCUUACUUCAUUCUGGCUUCCUGUUAUAUAGCAAUAGGUAGUUGCACCCAUGAUAUAAGAAGAAGAAAAAAGGUCUCUGUGAAAAGGGGAGUUUCUUGUCUCCCUUUAGGCCUCUGGCUGUGCUUAAAUAAACUCGUUUAACCUAAAACAGCUCUCUUAGGCUGUGCAUUUCUCCUCCUCUUCAUGCAACACACCAGGGAAUAAACAAUCAAGGCUGUGUAAGCACAUAAGAACCCAGUUGGGUCAGCCCAAAAGUCUACCUAUUCCACUAUCCUCUUUCCCACAGUGCCCAACCACAUGCUUCUGAGAAGCACACAAGCAGAACGUGAGGCACUAGGUCUCUCCUACUGUCCCCCUCCCCCAGCAACUGUGGGAUGCUGCCUCUGAUCUUGGAGGCAGCAUAUUCUCCCCAUGACUAGCAGCCCUAGCUUCCAUAAUUUCAUCUAAUCCCUACCUUGAAAUCCAUCUAAUAUGGUCAGCGCCAUUUCUUGUGGAAGCAAGAAAUCCCAUUAUUUAACCAGUUAACCGUUUCUGACUCUCCCACCCUUCAUUGGGUGACUCCAGGUUCUAGUAUUAUGAAGGAAGGAGAAAAACAUUUUCUCCACACCAUGCCUUCUGUUUUAUGAACAUUUCCCACACACCACUUCUCUGCACCAAACAGCACUUUCCCUGGUUCCUUUUCUACUGAUAUUGAAAGGUUCUCUUUGUGUGUGACUAAUUUCACCCCAUCCCCAUUAAAUUUCAAGUUAGAUUUCAGCACCAUUUAAUUUAUUUCAUUAAUCUGGAACAUCUGAAGACCACCUUUCCUUGAUUGAGCAAUCAAAGGCGUACCUCACACUGCAAGCUUAAAUUUGCUACAGCAUCCUAAAAGUCAAUGUGCACAGAAGCCUUGCAUGUGGUACCAGAAACAAGAAGUCAGAGGAAGAGGCAGAAGAGGCAGCUGCAUUGCUGGAGCCUUUCAUGAACGCCAGCUCCAGAUAUAUACAGUAUAUAUAUAUAUAUAUUAAAAGGCUAAACUAUCUAUAUUCUUCUUCUGGCAGGCCUGGCACCAAACCCCAAACCUCCAGUUCCUGCUGAACCUCCAAGACCUGAUGCGCCACAACCUGAUGUGCCACAACCUGAUGUGCCACAACCUGAUGCACCUACAGCAGACACCUUUUGCCUUGACAAGGAGGAUGGGAUCCAUGCUGAUUUGCAAGAUGCCACAAAGUAUUAUAUGUGCACCCACAAAAAGACUUUCAGCAUGCCUUGCCCAACAGGGCUAACUUUUGACAACCAGUGCAAAUGCUGCAAUCAUCCUCAAUAAAGGGCUUCUAAUAUAGGCAAACCCCAAAGAUGACAUUCCGUUGUCUUCAGAGCUAAGUACUUCAGAGCUAAGUGCUUUGCUUUCCCUGUAAAACUGUCUAUACUUCCAAUAUGUUCAUCCGCAUAUUUCUCCAAGUCUUUAGCAAAUAGGGUUAUAGUAUCUGCUUCUGCUUUGCACCAAAGAACAACACACAAGCCAGCAAGAUAUGAGUACUUCAUAAUAGUUUGCUUAUACAAUAUGUAGCCACUUGCUCCCUAAUUCUGAUAAUUUUAGCAAAAGAAAAUAAACUCAUUUCAACUAAAAGUAGUUAGAGGCUUGUUUUGUUGCAUACCUAGCAGGCAACCAGCUCUGUGAAUUCAUUUUAAUAAUAACUGGUACUAAAACAUGUAUUUC